GCACAACACCGGAACCACUGCACACAUACGUCCAUCGUCGUGCUUGUGCUUGGCGUGUGAGAUCCUCUCUCCCUUCUCUUCUUCCCGCACACAGCAGCUCACAGCAGCAGCAGCAGCACACAGCGACUCGCGACACAGCUCACGACAUCACAGCAUUCAAACGCACACACAUACGUGAACACGGGAUCAUGGAUGCCACAGCACUGCCGGGCCACAGCGUGCCCAUGGUGCAGGAUGAUGAGGGCCAGAACGUGAAGCGGGACUUUGGCGCCUUCCUCAGAGAAUAUCCCACUGGCGAGGACGACAAGCCCUACGUCAACGAGAUUGAUGAAAUGAAGGAGCGGGACGAGACCACCAUGUUCGUCAACUACAACCACGUCGUGAACUUCAAUGAGGAGCUCGCCAACACCAUCCUCACCCACUACUACAGAUAUGAGACGUUCCUGCGGGGUGCUGUCCGUGACUUCAUCAUCAGCAAGUACCCACAGCUUGAGCGCGAUGAUAAGGACCACCCGCGCCAGUUCUACGUGGCCUUCCACAGCCUUCCCAUCGUCGACAACAUUCGUGCCCUCAAGACAGACAAGGUUGGCCGCCUCACAUGCAUCUACGGCACGGUUGUGCGCACGUCAGCAGUGCACCCCGAGCUGCUGUUUGGAACAUUCAGAUGCGAGGAUUGCGGCCACGUUAUUGAGCACGUGGCACAGGACUUUCGCUACACGGAGCCGACCAAGUGUCGCAACUCUGCCUGCAACAACGCCCGCCAGUUUAAGCUUCUCAUCGACCAAUCACAGUUUGUUGACUUUCAGAAGGUCCGCAUCCAAGAGAGCGCUGACGAGAUCCCGUCCGGCAGCAUGCCCCGCAGCAUGGACAUUAUUCUUCGCCACGACGCAGUUGAGAAGGCAAAGGCCGGCGAUAAAGUUGCGUUCACCGGCACUCUCAUCGUUAUCCCAGACGUCUCACAGCUCUCAGGAUCAGGCGGGCGCACGCAGAUGGAGAUGAAUGGCGGUCGACGAGAGGGAUACUCCGAGCAGGGCAUCACGGGACUCAAGGCGCUUGGUGUGCGUGAUCUGACAUACAAGCUGGCCUUCCUCGCCACAACCGUCCAACCACAAGACCUCAAGUUUGGCGUUGUGAACAUCCGCGACGAGGGCGCGACCACGGAAUCCGUCAUUGCCGAGAUGACCGAGCAGGAGCGACAGAAAAUCCUGCAAAUGAAGGAGGAUCCAGACCUCUAUCGCAAAAUGACGGAAUCGAUUGCGCCCACAGUCUUUGGGCACGAUGAGGUGAAGCGCGGGGUGCUGCUGAUGCUGUUUGGCGGCGUGCACAAGACAACAACGGAGGGCAUUGGGCUGCGUGGCGACAUCAACGUGUGCAUCGUGGGUGACCCGAGUACAGCAAAGUCGCAUUUCCUCAAGUAUGUGACGGAGUUUGUGCCGCGUUCUGUGUACACAUCCGGUAAGGCGUCCUCUGCCGCUGGUCUGACGGCUGCUGUUGUCAAGGACACCGACUCAAACGAGUUCUUUAUCGAAGCUGGCGCCCUCAUGCUUGCAGACAACGGCAUCUGCUGCAUUGACGAGUUUGACAAGAUGGACCAGAAGGACCAGGUUGCGAUCCACGAGGCAAUGGAACAGCAGACCAUCUCCAUCACCAAGGCCGGCAUCCAGGCAACCCUCAACGCGCGUACAUCGAUCCUCGCCGCAGCCAACCCCAUCAACGGCAGAUACGACAAGUCCAAACCCCUCAGGAGCAACAUUGCGAUGACGGGCCCGAUUAUGUCGCGUUUUGACCUCUUCUUCGUCAUUGUUGACGAAUGCAACGAGGUCACAGACUACAACAUUGCACGACACAUCACCAGCAUGCACCGCCUCACGGACAGCGCCGUCGACACAGUCUACACAACAGAGGAGUUGCAAAAGUACAUCAAGUUUGCGCGGACGCUGAACCCGCAGGUGACACCCGAAGCGGCAAAGGUGAUGGUGCGCGAAUACCAGCGGUUGCGGCAGGGCGACAGCUCAGGGCUGAACAAGUCGUCGACGCGGAUCACAGUGCGCCAGCUCGAGAGCAUGAUUCGCCUCUCCGAAGGACUCGCCCGCCUCCACUGUGACGACCAGGUGCGGCCGGACUAUGUGCGGGAGGCGUGCCGCCUUCUUCGCAAAUCGAUCAUCCACGUCGAGACUGACGACGUCCAGCUUGGCUCUGAGGAGCAACAGGACCUUCAGACGCGAGAGCGCGCGCCGGACACGGAACCGUCCGAACCCGAAGCGCACACGGACUCGCAGGCCCAGCCCGAGGAUGGUGCACAGCCGGCGUCUGUGAGCUAUGAGAAGUACCGUCAGGUCGCAUUCCAGCUCGUCCACCACCUCCAGUCCCUCGAGGAGUCCGAAGGCGAUUCGUUCCAAGGCAAGACGGUUGCACAAUUGAUUUCGUGGUAUCUGGCAGAGAACGAAGAGGAGCUCGCCGACGAGGCAGCGGUUCUGCGCGAGGCCGAGCUUGUUCGUCUGAUCAUUCGCCGUCUCGUCGCAACAGACGGCGCCCUCCUCGACGUCACCUCAGGCACGGAGGAGGAGCGAUUCGAGGUUCCUGAGGACGAUCACGUGCUCAUGCUCCACCCCAACUACGUCAUCGAGUGAACAUACACACACAUACACACGCAUACACACGCAUACAUACAUUCAUGACACAUGUGCACGUGUAGUUCCUACAAGAAUCACGCAGACGUGCACGCACAUCCUCUUCAUGCUUGCUUGCCCCUGUUCACACGCCGCUGUUUCGUUCUGGCCUGCACGUUCCUUCUUCAUUGUUGUGCGCCCACCUUCUUCUUAUCAAGACCUGGUGCUGAUAGCAGUGUACUGUUCUUGCAUGAUGUGCUGUUAUUGUGUCUCUUCCAUCUCUUCUCUCUCUCUCUCUACCUUCCCAUCACCACUCAUCCUAGGACGCCCAUAUGUUUUGUUUGCUUUGUUUGCUUGCGUGUUACGUUGUUCAUUGUUUGAGUACAUCUUGUUCCCGCGUUUUGUUGACAUGGCACGCGAAUAACAGCAGUGAUGAAUGAAUGCACAGAAC